CGCCGCAGCAGCAGCAGCCGCCGCCCCAGGCCCCCCCCAUGGAGCCCGAGGCCCCGGAUUCCCGCAAGAGGCCCCUCGAGACGCCCCCCGAGGUGGUCUGCACCAAGCGCAGCAACACGGGAGAGGAAGGCGAGUACUUCCUGAAGGUGCUCAUCCCCAGCUACGCAGCCGGCUCCAUCAUCGGCAAAGGCGGCCAGACCAUCGUGCAGCUGCAGAAGGAGACGGGAGCCACUAUCAAGCUGUCUAAGUCCAAAGACUUCUACCCAGGAACUACUGAACGGGUAUGCCUAGUACAGGGCACGGCAGAGGCCUUGAAUGCCGUCCACAGCUUUAUCGCAGAAAAGGUCCGAGAAAUCCCUCAAGCGAUGACCAAGCCUGAGGUGGUCAACAUCCUUCAACCCCAAACUACGAUGAACCCCGACAGAGCCAAGCAGGCCAAGCUCAUCGUUCCCAACAGCACGGCGGGACUGAUCAUCGGUAAAGGGGGAGCGACCGUGAAGGCGGUGAUGGAGCAGUCCGGCGCGUGGGUGCAGCUGUCGCAGAAGCCCGAGGGCAUCAACCUGCAGGAGCGCGUGGUGACCGUGAGCGGCGAGCCCGAGCAGGUGCACAAGGCCGUGAGCGCCAUCGUGCAGAAGGUACAGGAAGACCCGCAGAGCAGCAGCUGCCUCAACAUCAGCUACGCCAACGUGGCGGGGCCCGUGGCCAACUCCAACCCCACCGGCUCGCCCUACGCCAGCCCGGCCGACGUGCUGCCCGCCGCGGCCGCCGCCUCCGCCGCCGCCGCCUCGGGUCUGCUGGGCCCCGCGGGGCUGGCGGGCGUGGGCGCCUUCCCCGCCGCGCUGCCCGCCUUCUCGGGCACCGACCUGCUGGCCAUCAGCACGGCGCUUAACACGCUGGCCAGCUACGGCUACAACACCAACUCGCUCAGCCUAGGCCUCAACUCGGCCGCCGCCUCGGGCGUCCUGGCCGCGGUGGCCGCGGGCGCCAACCCCGCCGCCGCCGCCGCCGCCAACCUCCUGGUCUUCCAGACCCUGCCCUUCUCCAUGGCUUUGGGUGGCCUCCUUGCUUCUAUCCCUACAAAGGAGCUGGGAGGAGGGAAACCACCCAGACAAUGCCUGCUACCCCCGAAGCCUGGGAGACUCCCUACCCCGUGCUAG